AUGGCUUCCAGUGGGGUUGCCAUAAACGCUGCUGGCUGGGCAAAUGAAGCUCCUGAGAUUUUGGACAACAUGGGAGACUGGCUGCAGGGCGUCUACUGCUUCGCCACCGAUAGGAAGGAUUUCUGGAAGAAUUUGAUCCUCAAUUUGGGAGUUUUUGCUGUGGGAGUUUGGCUGGCCAGGAAUUUGAGUGACAUUGACCUAAUGGCCCCUCAGCCUGGGGUGUAG